AAAAGUAAAAGUUGUUAUCAAAUCAUUGAAAACACAAAAUACAUGAAAUGUUAACAUUAUUAUUGUUGUCAUCAGUAUUGGUGUCGUUCAGUGUUUGCAUUCACUCACAGAUCAAACACUAUCCGAACGUAACGCUCGACACGUGUGGUAUCGGACGGCAGUCACUGUUGACUACAACUGGAAACUGUUUAAAGUGGUCAUCAAAUGAGUCAAUGGAUAUACAAAACGGACGACCGGCCAAACCGGGAGAACUGCCGUGGAUUGUCUACAUUGAAGUUCAUAUUAAACUAUCGAUUUCGACACUUUGGCUCAAAAAACUAAGUUUUAGGGGAACCGGUACUAUACUUAACAAAAGAUGGAUUAUUACUUGCGCUCAUCUAUUAGAUAAUGAUGAAAUAGAAAGCAUUGCUGUUUAUCCGGCAAUACUAGAUAAGCGACAUAAGGGUAGGCCGUAUAAAGUGGCCACACAUUUGUUGUAUCCUUCAUAUGGACAGUCAUCAUAUGAUUACGAUAUUGGACUCAUCAAACUGGAUGAGGAUCUACCCAUUCAAACACCAGAUACUCCACAAUCAUGGCUUCCAAUGAACGGAAUCUGUUUGCCUGAUAUCGGAGUUGUCAACAAUGACAAAGAGUUGGCACUGUUAUCUGGUUUUGGAUAUUUAGAUGACGACAUACCCAAUGAUGACUUUGUACGGAUCGGUUGGACACAAAUAAUGCCAUUAAUGUAUAACAGCACUGAUAGAGAAGGGCUUUUCAUAAUUGCCUAUCGAUUCCCUAUGGAUACCGGUGCCGCUACUUGUAAAGGUGAUUCUGGAGGACCAUUGAUUCAAUUUGUUUCGGGUAGGGCUGUCCUCAUCGGCAUAAAUAUUUUGGUUCAGUUGAAUAAAACACUGAAAUACCCCACAUGUUUGGCCAAACAGUCUGAUUAUUGGAUGACUUUUAUUAGAGUAUCAAAUAUUAUCGAUUGGAUUAGUACUACAGCUAUAGAUAAUUGA